CCAUUUGAAACGUUGGCUCUUGGUGAAGAGUCCCUCUCCUCUGCCGAAUCAACAUGGGCUACUCAGACGCCACUGUGCAAAAGUCCAUCCAACCACCACCUCCACGCUCGAAAAUAGUAUUAACAGAAGUAGAAGAAUUCUAGUGAAGUGGACGCGAAGAAAAGAAGCUCCCCUGCAAGACAUAAACUUAUCAUACAUUAUUGUCUCCCCUAAUCAAGAUUCACUUCUAGCUACUUGUAACCUACCUGUCCCUGUCUCUAUCCUUUUCUCUAGAUUAAAACUGCAUCCUCGUUCCCAUCUUUCCUUCAACCCAGAAAUACCUGAUCUCUAGCUCUCAAUCUCUUAAUUUCUCCCUUACAAUAAGGCACAUAUAGAACAUGGAAGGUGAAGAAGGAGUGAUCGUACUCAAAAGGGCUGAGAUUGAUACUCGAGCACCCUUCAGGUCAGUUAAAGAGGCCGUCACAUUGUUCGGGGAGAAAGUUUUAGCUGAGGAGCUCUAUGCCAAUAAGCUCAAACAGAUGCACGUUGGAGGAAUUGAAUAUGGGCAGGGCACUUCCAGGCUUGGAACAGUCACAGCAGAGCUAAAGGAGACGAAACAAAGUCUCGAAAACGCCAAAGAACAAAGGACGCUAAUGGCAAAUUGCCUUUCUUCGCUUCAAGAAGAACUUGAGAGAACAAGGAGAGAGCUUCAACAAUUGAAGGAACGUGAGGUCGAAAGGCAACUGAUAGAAUCUGAAAUUGAAGUUGUCAAGGUUGUUGAAGACACAACAAAAUUUGAAGUCAAAAUGCAGACAUCGAAUGAAGAAGGGACACAGUUUCAAAACAAGAGAUAUGUGAUGCAGACAUCGAAUGAAGAAGGGACACAGUUUCAAAACAAGAGAUAUGUGACAUUUGCUAAUCCGCCUUCCUUGACACAAGUUCUAAUGCCACAAGGAGUUGAAGCACUAGAGAGGCACCCUUCUCUAAGGAAAAAGAAGAAGAAGCCUUUGAUCCCUCUAAUAGGAGGGAUUUUCUCUAAGAAAUUCGGAAAAUGAAGCUCAUCUCCAUGCGUUGCAGCAUAAGCACAUCCUUAAUUAACAUACUUUCAGCUCCAAAAAUAAUGAUAAUCUAGUCCCCAAAGUUUUCAUACAAUCCUUUUCAGUCCCUUUCCAUUGUAGCUGAAGUUGACUUGCAGAUGGAUGUUUGAAAAGGUUGCGAGGUCUAUGUAAUAAAAAUACGUUCAAAUCAUUAUGUUUUUGUUA